GAAGUGGCUCCUCCGGCUCCUUUCCGGUCCCCGAGGGCAGCGGCAGGCAGCCGGCGGGACGUUCCUGGGAGGCUCGAGGCGGGCUGGCGGCUGCAGCGCGGGGACGCCUUGAAAGCAGAGCGGCGGGACGCCAGGAAGAGUAGCGGGGCGAGCCCUCCCGGCCACUCCAUGUCUGGUUGGAGGCUGCUGGCCCAGGCCGGCGCCCAGGUGCUGGGCUGCAGCGCGGGCGGCCCGGGUGCUGCCCGGGGCUCGGCAAACAGAACAGACAUUUGGCUUUUGGUUAGAAGUCUCCAUGGCAGAAGUGGUACAUGGUGGGAUGAGCAUCUUUCGGAAGAAAACGUCACAUUUGUUAAGCAGUUGGCCUCUGAUGAAAAUAAAGCCCAGUUAGCAAGUAAACUGUGUCCUUUGAAAGAUGAACCCUGGCCUCUACAUCCUUGGGAACCAGGUUCCUCUAGAGUAGGACUUAUUGCACUGAAGCUGGGUAUGAUGCCUUUAUGGACCAAAGAUGGUAAAAGGCAUGUGGUCACAUUACUUCAGGUACAAGACUGUCACGUUCUAAAAUAUACUCCAAAGGAAAACCAUAAUGGAAAAAUGGCAGCCCUAACUGUAGGCGGAAAAACUGUAUCACGUUUCCAUAAAUCUACAUCUGUAUUGGAAUUUUACCAAGAACUUGGAUUGCCGCCAAAACAGAAAGUUAAAAUAUUUCAUGUAACAGAUAAUGCUGUGAUUAAGCCAGGCACUCCUCUUUAUGCUGCUCACUUUCGCCCAGGACAGUAUGUGGAUGUCACAGCCAAAACUAUUGGUAAAGGUUUUCAAGGUGUCAUGAAAAGAUGGGGAUUUAAAGGCCAGCCUGCUACUCAUGGUCAAACAAAAACCCACAGGAGACCUGGAGCUAUUUCGACUGGUGAUGUUGCUAGAGUCUGGCCUGGAACUAAAAUGCCUGGACAAAUGGGAAACAAAGAUAGGACAGAGUAUGGACUGAAAGUAUGGAGAAUAAACACAAAAAACAAUAUAAUCUAUGUAAAUGGCUCUGUACCAGGACAUAGAAAUUGCUUAGUAAAGAUCAGAGAUUCUAAUCUGCCUGCAUAUAAGGACUUCUGUAAAAAUCUACCAUUCCCUACAUACUUUCCUGAUGGAGAUGAAGAAGAACUACCAGAAGAUUUGUAUGAUGAAAAUGUGUGUCAACCCAGCGCACCUUCUAUUACAUUUACCUAACCUCAUUGGACAUGGCAAACUUUAAUUUAUUUUAUGAGCUUUGGUGAGCCAGAACAAUAAUAUAACCAGGAAAUAUAUUUUCUUAAUCACAAUACCAUACUUAUCCCCUUUGUCAAGGGCAUAAAUACAUCAUUCAUCCUCCAAACUAAAUUAUGUUAAAAAAAAAAUUACCACAUUAACCAGAUCAGUUAUGCCAAAUUUAAAUGGACCGGCAGUUUGCAUAUGAGCAAAAUCUUUGUAAUUGUGAGCUUCAUUCUUUUUUUACCAAGUUAUCUUAAGAUGCUUAUAAAUUAAACUUCUUU